CAUAAUAGCAAAAAGUUCAUUAACAAUCAGGCAGCUCUUUGAUGUGUUGAGAUUUGCUGCCCCCUUGUGGCAGUAAUAAGAAAACACAAAACACAUCCAUCCAUCAUCAAGUUCAAUUUUCCAUAAAUUUAGGCUUCAAAGCUAUAAAAUAUCAUGCAAUAUCACAAUAAUCAGUUUGUCAAAGUAGUCAAAUAUUCAGGUCUGUAGGAACGCAGCCCCUGAUUUCACCCUCUUUCUAAACUUGAACUUCUACAGCAUUCAGGUGGGGAUCAAAGGUCGUGUGUGUCAUGACCCCACGGGAGCAGCUGAGGAAGAUGACAGCGCUGGGGGAGCAGGGGCCUUUGGAUGAAAAGCACUGGUAUCGUCUGGUCAACGGCAUGUCAGCUGGAGAACUGAGACAGAGGCAGGAGCUGAUAAUGAGGAACCAGAUGGCCAUGGCCCCGCAGAUCCUCGCACAGAGUCAGCAGAGGCUACAGGGGGUCCCAGCACAGUUCGAACCUCGCUUCAUGGAGAGGGAGCUCGUUCCCCCCACUGAGAUGGUACCAUCUGAGGCUAGACAGAUGCACAUGGGACCUCACCUGGGUCCACCUCUGCCUCCACAUGCCAAUGUCCUGCCUGGGAGAGCUUUCCCUGGAGCGGCUGGCUAUGGCUUCUUGCCCACGGAGCCCAUGGAAACGGUUGCACGGCGACAGGAGCUCAUUCACAAGCAAAAUAUAGCUAGAAUGGAGAUGAAUGCCAUCCUGCAUCAGAAGGAGCUGGAGAACGCCCAUCAGAAGGGACUUAUGGGAAUUGAUAAUCCUAUGUCGUACCCUCACAACCCUAUGGCGUUCAGAGGACGUCAGCGCAUGCCGGAAGGCCAUGAUGUCUUUGUCCACCGUCCCACCCUGGAUGAACUGCACUCAAACAGCAUACUCAUGUCAGCCAGCCCUUACCCACCCAUCAGCACGCUGCACAGAGAGAGGGGACGCAGGGCUGGAAGGAGACCGACCACUCACAAGAGUGCAGAGAGCCAUGUGGCCAACCUGAAGGGCCAGACUGAAGAUAAAAGUGUAGAGGAGAGUCCGGGAGCCACAUCUGGGGAGGAGAAAGAGGUGGAGGCAAAAGGGGACGUGGGGGAGGAGUGUACCAACAGCAAGGGGCUUCAUCAAGCAAAGAUAGACUCUGAGCUCGCCACAGGAAGCAGAAAGAACUACAAAGAGGGGGAGCCAGGCCUGCGUAAAGCCUGUGUGAACAGUCAAGAUGGGUGCUCAGAUGUGGCAAACAGCGGCACAAAUGAUAAAGACAUAUCCAGUCAAUGUUCAGCUUUCCAGGAGAAAUUCAUGUAUCCCUCUGCUGGUGGGGCACUCACAGGCUUACCUUACAUGUUCCCAGUCCCCGGAAAUGGUUUCCUUCCACCUGGUCCACCCAAUCUCUUUCUAAAUGGUGAUGAGGUGUCUGAAGACAUCAGGAAGUGGACAGUGAAUGAUGUUUACAACUUCAUCAAUGGUAUACCAACAUGUUCAGAAUAUGCUCAGACAUUCAAGGACCACAUGAUUGAUGGGGAGACGCUGCCUCUCCUGUCAGAGGAGCAUCUACUGGACACACUGGGGCUCAAGCUGGGACCAGCUCUGAAGAUCCGCUCACAGGUGUCCAGGCGUCUGGGCAACAUGUUGUACAUGACGAACCUGCCACUCUCCACUGGCACCCUGCAGGCCACUCCAGAGAAGCCCGGGGACCGCUCACCGGAGAUCGGCUCCCCUGUUAACUGCAACAGUGAGGAGAUGUUGGCGAGCCCGGGAGACCCCGAUGUCCUCAAAGCCACAGAGCACCUUCACGAGGCAGAAAACAACUCCCCUCCGUCUGCCAGCAGUGAGACAGUCUGAUCAGCUCUGACCAGGGCAGAGCUGCACAUAUGGCACUACCUGAACUCCUGCUGCCACAGUGGUGGAUUUGUUUACAUAAUGAUUAAUUGGAGUGAAGAUGCUUUUUUUUUUUACUUUUUGCUACCUGGACAUUUAAUGCACAGUUCACACUAGGCCCAGGUGUCUGCUAAAUAUUUAUAUUUGACAUUAUAUAUUUACACUUAUUUUUAAUAAUAACUGUGGAAUGAAACUGAUGUGGAUUUUGAGUUAUGAGACAAUAAGAGGGAUUUUUUUUUCUUAUAUUUCAUUACAGGCCUUAGUCUCUAAAUGUCUCAUUGUAGCUUUAAACUUACUUGUUUUUUAAGCUGCUAAGCAUAGGACUUUAGAAAUCAUUUGGGAAUGGUUUUAUAAUGACAUACGUAAGUGCUGUGGAUUUGGAUGUUUGAUACCUUUUUUGCAUUUGUUGGAUUUUAAA